CUGGAUGAUGUACAUUUUUUCAUUCUCUCAAUCAAAGCAAGAAGCAUUAAUCAGAAAUCUGACACCGUCGAGUUCGACAUCUUCGGCAACUACUUCGAUCCGGUUGGGACCCACGUUGGGAUCGACAUCAAUUCGAUGGAAUCCGUGACGACCGCACCUUGGGCAGGCGAUAUAACGGGUGGGAAGGAGAGCCAUGCUUGGAUUUCUUACAAUUCCACCCUCCGUAACUUGAGCGUUGUAGUAACUGGGUACGCGGGGAACGUUUCGACGAUUCAGCGGGUCAGCUGCAUUGUCGAUUUGAGGGAUUACCUUCCCGAAGAGGCCACUUUUGGGUUUUCCGCUUCCACCGGUCGGUUAGUCGCCGUUCACAGGAUUCACUCCUGGGAUUUUGCUUCCACCUUGGAACGAUUCGUUACUCCGACUAAUUUUGUUCCUAUCAUUAGGAAGGGCAAAAACAGAGUUGGUUCGAGGGUUGUAGUGGGUUUGGCAGUUGGUGGGGGUUUUCUGAUCAGUUUGUUGUCCUUGAUUGGGAGAAUUGUGUACAACAAAAGACUGCAUCGAUUGAGAGAGGAUGCAGAGCAGCAAGAACUUGAUGGGCGGCUGAUGGAUGAGAUCUUGGGGAAAAGGGCAGGGCCAAGGAAGUUCACUUUCAAGGAAUUGGCAAUAGCCACGAACAAAUUCAGCGAUUUGGAUAACAAGCUUGGGGAGGGAGGGUUUGGAGGGGUUUACAGAGGGUUUAUCAAGGACAAGAACGAGUACGUCGCGGUGAAGAGAGUUUCGAAGAAAUCGAAACAGGGUAUCAAGGAAUUUGCAGCAGAGGUGAAGAUCAUCAGCCGGCUGAGGCACAGGAACUUGAUUCAACUCAUUGGAUGGUGUUACGAGAAAAGGGAGCUGCUCUUGGUUUACGAGUUUCUGCCUAAUGGCAGUCUGGAUACCCAUCUGUUCAGCAAGAAUGACAACAUCAACUCGUUGGUGACAUGGGAAACGAGGUACAAAAUCGCAAAAGGCCUGGCCUCUGGGCUUCUCUACUUGCACGAGGAGUGGGAGCAAUGUGUCGUUCACAGAGACAUCAAGUCGAGCAACAUUAUGUUGGAUUCUGAUUUCAGCGCCAAACUAGGGGAUUUUGGGUUGGCAAGGCUGGUGGAACACGCCAAGGGCUCACAAAUGACGAUGAUGGCCGGGACCAUGGGCUACAUGGCUCCUGAAUGUGCAGUGACCGGUAAGGCGAGCCGAGAGUCGGACGUUUACAGCUUCGGGGUCGUGGUUCUGGAAAUCGCCACGGGGAGAAAGCCUGCUGUGGUGUUGAAUCCGGAAGAAGAGCCAUAUGCGGUGCAUUUGGCUCAUUGGGUCUAG